CUAGGAUGACCUAGUCGACUUAGUUCACACGCUCCAGACCCCCUGUUGUCCUGAUCAAAAGACUCCUCUAUCAUACUCGUCCUGUUCAAGGCGAAUAUCUCCUGUCCGCAACGAUCCCGCGACCGGUUCAUCGCUCUCCUAGGCGUGAAGAGUCACGACGCGACUCCCUCAUCCUCCUCCAUCACCACAUUCAUCCCACGCGUCAAGAGUCUCCAGAUUUCACGAUAUCUCCACACAUGUUGUCCGCAACACUCAUACGCAAAGGCUCGAAUACCACCGGCCUGCGACGCCGCAAGAUCGGCCUAGUAGAAUAGUCCCUUGACGCAGUCCACCUUUCACCCUGAGCCAUGUCUUCAUCCAUCCUAUCGAGUCGUCCUCCGACGGUGCGCCGGUCUUCGAGGGUCCCUGGGGGUUUCGACGAGGAGGAGGAUGAGCUUUCGUCGGCUGGCAGUGUGAACGGUGAUGAACACAUGGACUCGCAGCUUACUGAUUCAUUUCUUCCCGGUCCACGGGACCCAAGCAGCCUCCUGCAGGCUCAGGAUGAGAAUACAAAUCUAGACCUCCCCGCCAACCGUACAUUGGAUGAAAGUGAAAUGAACAAGAAGUUGCUGGAUGUCGAGUCCAGCUUUCUACCCGAACCAUCGCAAAUAACUGGCCAGGACUCUGCAAAUAAUGGCGCUGACGAUACCUACCAAUUCGGAAUGCCCAAUGAUAAUAUAGCAGUGCGUAAGAAGCCACACCCUAUCAAGGUCGCUCAACACCAUGACGAGCCAGAACACCAUGUGGAAGGCGAAGCAGUGCCUGUACAAUCCCCACGGACGCCUCCAGGUGGAUACAAAACCCCGGCGCCCGGCGAGCAGGAAUUCUCCAAUGCGAGUGAGGACUUGGAUUUGACGCCCGAGGCGCCGAGUACCUCUGCACUGGAAAAUAUGUCUUCGUCGCCAACAGCUGCAGCGGCUGCGCGAACAUUGUCCAGGGUUCAGUCUCUGGCAACGAUGGGGGGUUACGAGACAGCGCGAGAACAGGAAGAAGAACCCAGACCUCGCACAAGAUUAGGCCCUGGUCAAGCGGACAAUGAUGCAACCCCGCGAAAGAGCAGCGCACAAAGCGACCAAGAGGGUCGAUAUCUCGAAGUGCCUGGAGCAGGUGACGGUCAGCAGGACAGUACUGCGACUUCUUCUCGUACUUCAAGACGUCCACAAUACCUCCACAAACGAUCAUCUAAUGCACGACUUUCAUUUGACUCCAUAGCCAGUUCGACUACCGAAACCAGCGAGGCGACUAUGGCUGCCGAUUUUGCACUCCAGUCCGGUGGUGCGUUGCCGGAUUCGAGUACGCAGCGCAAGUCCAGAACGACGCUUUCACGACAAGCCAGUCUUGGAAGUAUGAUGUCCGGGUUGUCGGGCAUCAGCGAUGAUGAGCCUCGAACACAGCGGCACGCCAGCGCGACCGAUCUAAGCACUUUGGAAGAGGAAAGCCCCAAGUCAAAGGACGCCGGUGGUCUGUCGACUCCAAAGGCUUCAACUUUCAACUUCAACAUGCCUACGGACACUGUUAUUGCCAACAACGUCCGAGAUCUAGAGGUCCCAGGCACUUUUGCCCGUCAGUACCGUCAAGAACGAAGCAUGUCCCCUGAUAAGAACACGGGCGUCUUCGGACUGACACCAGGCCCAAAGAGAGGCCUAACUCUGAAAGAGCACAGAAGUACGGUCGAGAAGCUAGGUAAGGAGAAUUUUGAUUUGAAGAUGAAGAUCCACUUCCUGGACCAAGCACUACAGAAGAGAUCUGAAGACGGCAUAAAAGAAAUGAUCACAGAAAAUGUACAAUUAAAGUCGGACCGGUUACGACUAGAAAAAGAUAAUCAUAAUCUGAGAAAACAGGUUCGAGAGCUGCAGAAGAAACUCGAGGAAUCUGGUAAUAGGGAGUCUCCGAAUGCUGAUCAGGGAUACGGUACGGACGAUGAGAGAAGUCCCACUGCGGAAGAAGAGGUGAUAUAUCUUCGUGAAAGAGUGGAGGUUAACGAGAUUGAGAUCGAAAAGCUACGCUCAGAGAGUCUGGCAAAGGAGACCGAGAAGCGAAGACUGGCUGAAAUGGUCAAAUCACUGGGGGAUACCCGAGCUGCCACUAGCGAUGUCGGUUCCAGGGAGGAGCGUGAUAUGUGGAAGGAUAUGCUCGAGGCAGAGACCAUUGCUCGCGAACAAUCUGAAGAAGACAACAAGCGACUGCGUGACGAAGUUGCCAAGCUGAGGAGCGAGAAUUCUGUGCCGGCACGGUCAAAUGGGCGUAAGGCCCGCAUUGGAGGGUCAGUCGUCUCACGGUCCAGCAGUGUGGAAGCCGCUGCAAACGCUCAAAACGCCGAGAUCGAGCGACUGAGACACGAGGUCUCCGAACUACAGAAGAUGAUCGGCGCUCAAGCAUCGACGUUGACAUCGCGAAACAAAGAAAAGGAGCGAUUGUACCAAGAGAUUGAGGAUCUAAAGCUGGGACGAAUGGGCGGUCUUCGCAGUGUCGCUGGGGAUAGUAUAUUGGAUCGUUCAGCUUCACGAGCAAGAUCACAUUCCCGGGCGAGCAAUGGUACGAGAAUGUCUCGACUCAGCGAUCAGGAAAGAGAAACUCUGGAGACGCGAAUCAAUGAACUUCGGGACGAAGUGUCACAGCUGAAGCUGGAAAAUCAGAACAUACAAAGCCAGUUUGACGAGGCGCUUGCCGAGUUGGAUGCUGUGGACGCACAGGCCCAGGCAGAUGCCGACCAAUUUAAUGAAGAGCUACAACUCCUAACACAAGAGCGGGACAAUGCUCUGCGCGAUGCUGAAGAGCAAGAUGUCGCCUUUCAACAACUCAAGAACGAAGCACAAGAGGAAAUUGAUGGCUUGGGCGACGAACUCGACGCCAAGGUUGAGGAAUGUGCCCGGCUUGAACAAGAGCUCAAAGCCCAAGUGGAGAAUGUCAAGGCACUACAGGCUGAGAUGCGAUCUGCCGGAGAAGGACUUGUUCGUCUCGAAGAAGACGCACAGCAGAAUCUCGCCCGCUAUCAGUCUGUCAAGGCAGAGUUGGAUGACGCAAAUCGUGAGCUUGAAAGCCUUGAGAAGACAUGUUCCGAAGCGGAAAGCAAAGUGCAACGGCUCACGGUCCAACAAGAAAGUAGUCAUAAUGAGAUUGCCUUCCUUCGCGAAGAGCAAGACGCUGAUAAGAUCAAGAUUGGCGAUCUCGAAUCGUUGCUCAAGAAGGUUCAUCUCAACCUGGAAUCCGAACGGGACAAGAGCAGAGAACUUGAGCGUCGUAUCAACGACGAAAGAGCACAGCGAGACGCCGUGGCCAAUCAGGAGAAACAGGAGGUUCAACGUGUUAUCAAUGACCUCAAUCGUGAAGCGUCCGGGGCUAAGGACGAGCUCCGAAAGGUGCGAAAGGCUUUGUCAGCCCGGGACAUCGAGGCAAACACCUCCAAGGAUCGUCUUGGAGAACUUGAGGAGAACCUGCGGAAUAUCAUUGGAGAUCCGAACAGCUCUCGAUCUGGCAUGAUUAGCGCUGUCAAUAAAAUGAAGCGGGAGCUUGAUCAGACUACCAUUGACCUGGAGUCUGUACGCAGACGUCUCGAGGAGACUGAAAAUUUGCUUGCCGAUCGUGACGCUCUGCUCGAGUCCACAAGUCAUGAAUGCAAGAGACUGGCAGAUGCGUUUGAGCGCGAAAAGUCCGGUCGACGUCAAGACAAGCUCGACUUUGAACGUACCAAUAAAGGCCACAACUCAACGACGCGAGCACUCUCUUCGGCUUCGGCGCGAAUUGCCGAGCUUGAAGGCAUGCGUCAAACCGACCGGAAGAGAGCAUUGCAGACCGAGAAUCAGUUCAAGGAACAACUCACGGAGCGAAACCAGAUCUUGCUCAAUCUGUGGAAGAGAUUGUCGGCAAUGUGUGGACCGGACUGGGCCCACAACAACAGCCUCAUCAACGGCAACUUGCCCUCGCAAGAAGUCAUUGGGAAUAUCCUUUUCUGGCCCGGGUUUAGUAGAAAUUUGCUCCUGGCGGCCAAGCAGGUUGAGGGUAUCCUGACCACGUUCAAAGACAAAAUCAAGCGUGUGGAUCGGGAAUUGUUCAAGGAGUAUCAGGCUCUGGAACAGACUCUAGAAGUUCGAACACGCAAACUUGAGCGCAUCGAGGAGAGUUGGGAAAAGAUGAAGCUCAAAAUGUCCGAGAUGGAGGUACGUGUGCAUACACACUCACAUUCGGACCAUGGGUCUCGAAUACCUACGACGAGUCGGACACCAGAGAUCAGCAAACUCAAGGGCGAGAACCGGCUUCUCAAGGCCGAACUCGCACUUCUUCAACAGCAACAGGCCCAUCAUAACAUGCACCAACGCCGUGAACGUAACGAGUCGCGUGCGUCGGGGUAUUCGGGGCCCAUGUCCCCGCAUGACGGCCCGGGCCAGCUUGAUGGUGCAGUCGUCGGCGUGCCGGCGCGCAGUUCUAGCAUGCGACGCCAUAAGAUGGAGUUGCAACGACAUCAUUCGACUGGGGUGGUGGAGCAUUUGGUCGGUUCCAACGGCGAUGGUACAGGGAUGAGUUUACGCAGCAACUCGAUCAGUAGCCGUGCUAGUGGGUACGCUCAGUCGCACCACGAGAAGGAACGAGAACGAGAACGAGAACGAGACCGGGGCUUGAUGAUCCCGGCCGGACCAUUCAAUGCACCGGCGAAUGGCAACUUCCCGUUGCCUCCUCCACGAGAGGCGCCACCUGCGCCACCAAGUACGGGGACCGCGAGCGCGAGUGGCACCAGCGAUAUUGCCAGUCAGGGUCAUCAAGGACCAGGAGGGCAGGAGAAAUGGAUACACCGACUUCGCGAAUUGGAAAGACGAUUAAAGGCGGAACGGGAAGCACGACUGUUGGACAGAAGCGGUGCGAGAAAGAGACUCGAAGAACGAGAUGCGGUGAAUGAAGAAUUGAGGCGCGAGCUGGAGCGGGAGCGGGUGAAGAAGAGCAUCGGCUUUGGUGGAGAUGGCGGUGACGGUAGUGGUGCUCCAGGCAUUAUGGGCACUUCGACGAUGCCACCCUUGUUGGAAGGCGAGGGCCAGGUCGGGGACUACGCGGGGCGAGGGAAGCGUUAGGUUCGUUUGAAAGGGUGGACUAGGAUUUGGAACUUGGGUCGAAUUCGAUCUUGAUUAGGAAGGACGAGAAGAAGAUGAAGAAGAGAAACAUUGAAAUCUCAGUGUGAAUUACAUUUUUUGAUAUCCACAGCUGUUUUUUUGUUGGGAGGGAUUUUGUGGUUCUUGUAUGUUUGGAAGUUGGUCAUGGGGGGAAGGGUGUCUUGGGCGUUUCAAUGCGACAGACCUGAAUGGUUUUCUUUUGGAUAUGGGAAUUAGGAUGUUCAGGGUACAGCGGAUAUGGAGUGCCCAUGAUCGGAGUCUGCGUCUGUGUCUGUGUGUGUUUGUAUCAUUAUCAACGUGGCAGUCCACACGAGUUGGGCAUUGCUACGGGAAGUUUUCUAGCAUGACACGUGAGAGUUGUGAGUGCGUUUGUACAAAAUAUCAUGUCAGAAGGGAUUGGGAGGGGAGAAUACCUGACUUUGAUCAAUGAA